GCGCGUCAGCGCGUCACUUUCGUUUCCCAGGAGCUCGCUCGUUUCGUCGCAAAUCCGCCAUUUUGUAUGUAGCUGGCGGUGCUUCAGGGUUUACUAUCACGGAUUAGUGAUUUUCUCGACUUAAAAACUGUUAACUUCGAUAAAUAAGACUUUAUAAACUACUUGUGAACUAAAUUGACUGUAUUGUGAAGUAUUUUAGCUACUACAACUUGUGUUUUCGUGAAUUGUGAGUGCCCUAUAAUUGGAGCGCGUGGCUGGUGACUCUUUGUUGUUGGAUUCAUCAUAUUUACGGUUGUGGACUGAGGAUAUAAAAAACUUGGACUACACAGUGACGGAAAAAUAGUGUUGUGCUAGUUUGUGAAUUAGUGAUUCGGACGGCAUCGCCGCUCAAGUGGUUAGUGCGUAAAAUAGUGACAGUGUUAGUGUUGUGUGUGCGUUGCGUCCGAAGUGGCGCCGACGCGGCCGUCAACUCGAUGCCGGUGCGCCGAUGGAUCGGUGAUCGCGGCCUGACUACGUCACUAGUGCAGCGUUGGUAAAGUAUGCGCGGGCGCCCCGGCCGAGUGCUGACCACCUCACUAAUGACAUUGCAAUUGUGACGCGCUGCGGAGCGGUGACUAAAGCGGCUCUGCCGCUUUAAAUGGAUAAACGCAAGAUGCUGCCAAAGAGAGCGCGUAUGGAUAGCAUGCGGGGUCCCAUUGCAAAUGGACCCUUGCAAUCAAGGCCCUUAGUGGCGUUAUUAGACGGUCGCGACUGCACCGUAGAGAUGCCAAUUCUCAAAGACGUCGCCACGGUGGCGUUCUGCGACGCCCAGUCCACGUCAGAGAUCCACGAGAAGGUUCUGAAUGAGGCGGUGGGCGCGCUCAUGUGGCACACUAUUAUACUGACAAAAGAGGACUUGGAGAAGUUCAAGACGUUGAGGAUUAUCGUACGCAUAGGUUCCGGGGUCGACAAUAUUGAUGUCAAAGCCGCGGGAGAAUUAGGCAUAGCAGUAUGUAAUGUACCAGGUUACGGCGUAGAAGAAGUAGCGGACACGACAAUGUGUCUCAUAUUGAAUUUGUACCGGCGGACGUAUUGGCUCGCCAAUAUGGUGCGGGAAGGAAAAAAAUUCACAGGUCCAGAGCAGGUGCGCGAAGCAGCGACGGGCUGCGCGCGCAUUCGCGGCGACACGCUGGGCAUCGUGGGGCUGGGCCGCAUCGGCUCGGCCGUCGCCCUCCGCGCCAAGGCUUUUGGCUUUAACGUCAUCUUCUAUGACCCCUACUUACCUGACGGCAUUGAGAAGUCGCUAGGGCUCACUAGAGUCUACACACUACAGGACCUCCUAUUCCAGAGUGAUUGUGUAUCACUGCACUGCAGCUUAAAUGAACACAAUCAUCACCUAAUCAAUGAGUUCACUAUCAAACAAAUGCGUCCAGGCGCGUUCUUGGUGAACACGGCUCGCGGCGGGCUGGUGGACGACGAGGGGCUGGCGGCGGCGCUGAAGCAGGGCCGCAUCCGGGCGGCCGCUCUCGAUGUGCACGAGAACGAGCCCUUCAACGUUUUUCAGGGCCCUCUGAAGGACGCCCCGAACCUCCUAUGCACACCUCACGCGGCGUUUUAUUCCGACGCGUCCGCGCAGGAGCUGCGGGAGAUGGCGGCCUCCGAGAUCCGGCGCGCCAUCGUCGGCCGCAUCCCCGACUGCCUGCGGAACUGUGUCAACAAGGACUACUUCCUACCGGGCGCGGGCGCAGUGGGCGGCGUGGGCGCGGUGGGCGGCGUGGGCGCGGUGGGCGGGCCGCUGCCGGCGGGCGGGCUGCCGGCGCCGGGCUACGCGGAGAGCAUGAACGGCGGCUACUACAGCGGCGGCGCGCAGGCCGCGCACUCCACCACGGCCGUGCACGAGCCGCCCGCGCCGCCCGUGCCGCUGCAGCAGCCGCCGCCGCAGCAGCCGCCCAUCUCGCUGCCAAUCAACACGUCUGACCCGGCCAACCACCAGCUCAACAAAGAGAGCUCGGACGUCCACUAGGCGGGCAUUACUACGCUACGUUGCAGUAACGUAAGAUUCGCCAAUAUACAAUACAAACAAUAGUUUUAUUCCGACGUAAACUAUCUUAAGUAAGCGGACGUUAUGACCCGUUUGCAUUGAGAUGCUAGGGGCGCUGUGAGAGCUAUACAAAUUUUUUGUUUGGCAGCCAUCUUGGGAAGGAAUGUUUUUUUGUGAUAAACAGGAUAAUUUAAGUCAGUUACAAACAAUUCUUAUAAUACUUAAUCUCAACAAGAACUUUGACAAUUCUGGUUGUUAUAUCAGGAUAAAUACGUAACAGUAUUACUUAUCCUGCUAAAACUCCAAGCAAGACAUUCAGACUGUAAAAUGGUAUGUUUUAACUUACGAAUAUGUGUGAAUAUCUGUUGUAUGAUGUUGGUAUUGUUAUUUUACAUAUUAGUUAGCCCGUCAUCCCUGUUUAGCAAUUAAUAGGCAAAUAUUAGAUGUUUGUUUAGUUUAAAAUAAUUUACACACAAGUGAUAGAACAGUGGGUAUGUAUUCAUAUGAUAAUAUUAUACAGUUUCCAUUGUAAAUUCGUGAUAUAUAAUAUAUCUUAAGUAAUGUGAAUAAUUCUUAUAAUGAUAUAUAUUAUUCAGCAAAUGGAGUACAUACCUGUUACUAUCACAUAACGCUUCGGACUUAAUAUUUCCCAGAUGUAUGUUUAUUUUUGGGACUAAACAUAAAAUUAUUGUGAUUCUUGCACAUUAGAAAAAUUCGUUUGUCAAAAAUUUAUCAACUAAACGCAAUUAAGCAGAAGUUCCUUACUUAAGCCCGUGGAAAUAGUUAUAUGUUUGUAUUUAUAUUUAAAUAAAAUAGGCAUAAAUAAAUUUAUCAUCCAUCGAAUUCAACAUUUGCAACGUAAAGCAUAGUGUCACAGUGAUAAAGUGGACUUUCGAGCGGUGAACGGAAUAAGAAUAGAAUUAUUGAGUUAGAAUAAUGACUGAUGAAGCAGUGCCGCCGAAUUGAGCGUGUGACUGAUUGUACGACGAAGUACGUUUACAAAAUACAGUGUGAUUCACAGACAUUAUACGUAGUGACGGAGAGGCGCAAACUGUAAGAGUACCUAAUUAGUGGUAUUCUGUAUAAACUUGCAGCCGUGCCCGCACUUUUGAUUUUGAAAAAAUAAAUAUGUAGAUGCAAAAAUGUAUCCUAUUCUAAUCGUUUCUAUAAUCAUAUUUUAUAGGUUUUGGUUUAAGAAGACAAAUUUCUUUGUCCACCAAAACGGUUUUGAAACAACUACAGAUUUAAUGACGCCACGAAAAUUAAAUUCCAUUUCGUGAAGAUUUCGCCGUACAAUGAAUUUGUCAAAAGCGCGUGCACGACUACAAUUUACACAGCCGGCAAUGUAAAAAUUAUAUUGAUCUAUAUCAGUGACGCGACCUGCGUAGUCUAGUAUAUAGUUCGUCUGUGGUGUGAUUAAUGUAUUUGUAAGGCGUCUCAAUGCAAACGUCUAUAUGAGCGAAUAGUCGAUUCUGUGUUUGUAUUUGGUAAGUUGGGACAGCUAUAUAUAAAUACUGUUAUGUGUAAAUGCGUGUUGCUAUCGCGGGCCGAUGCGUGUGAGUGGCGGAGAGGAUGGCGAGUCGCGGGUGGCUAGCUGUUGGGUUGCAAGGGAUGGGAUUCGAUUCUAGAAAAUGUUUGGUACCUGACUGUACACAUAGAUUAAUCUAAAAGAGGUCUUAAUGUACGGAAUAAAUUUGGAUCUAAAUAAUAUAUUAACGUCGCGGAUUAAGCAGUGAAUCUUACGAUGAGUGUAAAGAGGGAUCAAAAUAGAUUUUUAGUCUUCCUUCUUUCUCUCGCGUUUAUGUUUCUAACAGGCUUUGACAUCGCUUUAAAAGAUCUAUGCGUGAAUCGGGUGCCAUUUCCUUAAUUUUCUGGAAAAUUCCCUAGGAUCUGUCAGUGUGUCUAUAAUUUCAACAAAAUCAAACACAAAAUCCUCACCUGUUUCCCGGAGGGUUAGGCAGAGACUAUAUCAUUCCACUUGCUAUUUACCUCUCGUACGUGCUCGUCGGUUUAGUGUAGUCUUGACCUGAUCUCUAUCAUUUACAAAACGUUAGAUAAAUAAUUAUAGCCACAGCCCACAGCGAGCGACCCCGGCCAGCCGGUGGAGUAUGCGCGGUCACAGAAGUAUAUAAACUAGCAUUUUGCUCGCAUUUGUGUCAUCCCCGGACCGAACUCCGAAACGCAUGCAUACGAACUUAUUUUUAAGCAUCAAACAAAUGGACUGUAGAUUCUAUCAUCACACUUAAUUAAAGAGGAAACUGGAGGUAGUGUUUUUUUUUUAUUAUUUGAAUGUACAAAAUCAUGCUUUCAUUUGAUUAUUUUUUUCUAAAUAGAGUUUAAGUGACGAAUUUGUACAUGAACAGCAAGACGGAUGCGUUACCCAAUAACCACCUGUUUUAAAAUCGCGAGAAUUGGUAUUUAAAAUUAGUAUUUACUUACAGUUUAGUUUAAUGACAAAAACAAUGUGUAUAUUUUAUGAGAAAAAAGUUCUUAAAUAAAACUAUUGUUUUCGGAUUAAAUA